CAAAAUUACAGCGAUGAAGAUGUCAUAGACUGUCAAGUCUGUUUGCGUAGAAUUUGUCUUUAUCUGGACCAAAUAUUAUUAAACCAUUUCUUCACCCCUGAAAAUGCUUCCUUCUGAUUUGGACGUGAAGAGAAAACACUUUAUCCAAAUAUUUCUUAUAAUAGUACUACUUCCUGCACAAGUGUCGUGCAGUUGUGAUUUGACUACGAACCUCAUGCACAUCAACGAAUCGGCCGAAGAUGUAGUGAUAAAGUAUGUGAACUAUACACUUUCUAAUAUCACAUGGGAUAUGAAGUUGUCCGCUGCUGGUGUCAGUCAAGUAAAUGCAACUGAGUUAAAGGAGUAUAUAAUGCUGAAUUACACUAACACGUAUUUGGAGCUCACAGUCGUUAAAGCACUGGACAAGGAGGAACUCUUCACAAAAUUCAAUGUUGAUAUAAAAAGUAUCAUACUUCAGAUGUUCUGUUCAACACCAGGGUCUCAAGAAAUACGAACAAAUUUGACAUUAGUUAUCCAAGAAGUGAAUGAAUUUUCUCCAAAUAUUUACGGGGGUCCAUACAACGUUACUGUAAAAGAGGAUACACCCAGUGGAACAACGAUUUUGAAGGUCAACACCACUGACCCGGAUGUUCCAAAAACUUCCUUAAUCUUCCUUUUGAAAAGCACUGAUAAUUCCACAUUAGGUUCUAAAUACCUUGGGUUUCCUCAACCUAGUGUCCCAGACAUGAAGCUGCUUAAAACGGUCGAUUACGACAAACUUGUGGCUGAUGGAAUUGUACCCAAAUUUCAGUUUCUUUUAAAUAUAACGGACAAUAAUGGUUAUGGUCGAAGCAACCAAACAAACAUUACCGUUGUCAUUGAGGAUGUGGAUGAUCUACCCCCUGUAUUCCUGUAUCCUUCGUGUGGAAAGCAAUGUGCUAUGACUCAGUUCCGUAUAAAUAUAACUGACAAAACCCAUCGAGGACCAUUGACAGUUCUCCCCAUUGCCUUAAAAGCGGAAGACCAGGAUACACUGAAUUACAGCAUCACUUAUUCUAUACUCGAAGACCAGGAGAAGUUCCAUGAAUCGUUUAAAAUAAACAGUUCAACUGGUUUUAUUUCACAAGUAGGGGAUGUUAGUCAAUCCGGAAUCAUUUCAGUGAAGGCAGAAGAGAUUUCCAUCAACAAGCACUUUGCGACAGCAGUAAUAUUAGUGAACGUUCCGGAAACUUUUGUAAUCCCACCAGCAAAGAGCACGGCCGAAGAUAAUAGUGGCGGGUUUUUGAUUGGUAUAAUAGUUUUGGCCAUUGCAGAAUCCGCAUUAAUAUCUGUAGUUGCGGUCCUGAUAAUUCUUCAUCGAAAGUUAAAGAAACAGGUAGUGCCUUUUGAUGGAAGUGAUGUGGCAGCAAAACCAUUGGAACAGUCUGUUCCGAAAACUACGGAAGUAAACGAAGUGAAACCCAUUCCAAGGACAAAUGAAAUUCAGAAGACUAAUGAUGAGGAGGAGAAAGAAAAGGAAACAAAAGAGGAUACAACUGUAGCAGAAAAUACCUUAAAUAACGAUGCUAUAAACAAUAUUCCUACACCUUCUCAAAGGAACAAUUUGCUAGAUCCAAUAGAACGUAGCAGAGAAUCUCAAAAGAAAAGAAAGAAGAAAAAGAAAAAGAAAGAUUAUCUGAAAAAAAUGGGACAGGAAAGACAACGAGACCAGUUAGAAAAUGCAGAGGGACAGAUGGAGGGAGACGAGGAAAUCACACAACUAAAUGUCGUCGGAGAAAAUCAUCACCAAAUAGAAGCUUUAGAUGGACAUUUUAUACAGGAAACUCAAGAAAUUAUGGUGUGAAUAGUUUUAAAGAUCUCUCUAAUUUGUAUUGUCUGUGAUAUGUUUAAAUACUCGACAACGAGAGAAAAGAUAGAGGUAUAACAUUUCUUCUUUUAUUGGUGUUGAAGAGAACUGAAAAUUCUUGACAAAUACAUCAGCUUUAUAUCAGUUAUAAAGCAUGUUGCAAUACUAUAUAUGGUGCAGAGAAUCUUCCGUCAUUAAAAAAAAUGAAACGUUG